GUGGAGUAAACGUCACUGAUCUCAGCUAGCUAAGCUGAAGCUAGGCUAACUAGCCGCUGAGCGCUGCAGAGGGACAUGUCGCCAGUCAAACACGUUUAGUCUCAAUGAAGGAUCUUCCAGAGUGACCGGGCCAUGGAGCUAAGAAACAUCAAGGACCAGUCUCCAAUGGUCCAAGCUAUAUUCAGCCGAAACACAGAAGAGGUGACGUUUUUAUUGAACCACAAAGAAGAUGUCAAUUCACUGGACCAAGAACAAAGCACACCACUUCAUGCUGCUUCUUAUUUGGGUGAUGUCCACAUUAUGGACCUUCUCAUUACUUCAGAUGCAAAUGUCAACGUGAAGGACCAGGGUUUGCUGACUCCUCUUCAUCGAGCAGCUGCCUCAAGAAAUGAAAGGGCUGUGGAGCUGCUACUAAAGCACAGAGCAGAGGUCAACACGCGAGACAAAUUCUGGCACACGCCUUUACACAUGGCAGCUGCAAACUGGGCUGCAGGUUGUGCUGAGGCUCUUAUACCACAUGUUAGCAGUCUGGAUGUUUGUGAUCUGUCAGGGAGGACACCACUGCAUCAUGCAGUGCACAACGGCCAUGCAGAGAUGGUGACCUUGCUCCUGAGCAAAGGUGCCAGUGUGUCUUCCAAAGAUAAGAAAGAAAGGCAGGCAAUCCACUGGGCUGCUCACCAAGGACAUGUGGAGGUCAUGAAGCUGCUGGUGUCCCACAGCGCCGAUGUGACGUGCAAGGACAAGCGUGAUUACACUCCGCUCCAUGCAGCGGCCGCCAGUGGACAUUUAGACGUCGUCAAAUAUCUGUUGAGGCUGGGGGUGGAGACUGACGAACCCAACACUUUUGGGAACACGGCGCUCCACAUGGCCUGUCACACAGGACAGGACACCGUGGCCACCGAGCUGGUGAACGCUGGUGCCAAUAUCAAUCAGCCCAACUGCCACGGCAACACACCGCUUCAUCUGGCCGCUGCCUCGUCAAGCGGGGUGCUGUCUCUUGAGCUGCUGAUCAACAACGGGGCUGAUGUCAACAUGCAGAAUAAAGAAGGAAAGAGUCCUCUGCACAUGGCUGCUAUGAAUGGACGCUUUACAGGCUCCCAGAUUCUGAUCCAAAAUGGUGGAGAGAUCGACUGUGCUGACAUAUACGGAAACACUCCUCUUCAUAUUGCUGCCAGAUACGGUCAGGAGUUGUUGAUCAGCACUCUGCUGACAAAUGGUGCAGACAAGGCCAGACAAGGGAUUCAUGGGAUGCUGCCGCUCCAUUUGGCGGCGCUCUACGGAUUUCCAGACUGUUGUCGAAAGCUGCUGUGUAAUGGUCAGUUUUUCAACAUGGCGCCGUGUCAAUCGUCGUCAGUUGGGUUUGAUAUUAACAUCUCGGAUGACCAAGGUAGGACCUGUCUGCAUGCAGCUGCCUCUGGAGGAAAUAUUGACUGUCUAAACUUGAUCUUAAAUACUGGUGCUGAACUGGACAUAAAGGAUAGUUUGGGAAGAUCUCCUUUGCACUAUGCUGCAGCCAGUGGAAACAGCCAAUGCACAAUCUCCCUGGUGAGAGCCGGUGCAGAUGUCAAUGAGCUGGAUCUGAUGGGCUGCAGCCCUCUGCACUACACUGCUGCUUCACACACCUUCUGUGGUGGGAACACAAAUUCUGAGCCUGACUACAGCGGGGAGAAGCAACAAGAGGCCUCUCUGUGUUUAGACUUCUUGCUUGACAACGGAGCAAACCCAACUCUGAAGAACAGUAAGGGUUACAGUGCCGUCCACUAUGCAGCAGCUUAUGGGAACAAACAGCACCUGGAACUGCUCCUGGAGAUUUCUUUCAACUGUCUAGAAGAGGUUGAAAGUAAUAUCCCCGUCAGUCCUUUGCACUUAGCUGCGUACUAUGGUCACCGCGAAGCGCUGCGUUUGCUGUGUGAGACACUGGUGAGUCUGGAUGUGCGGGACAUUGAAGGCCGCACUGCCCUGCACCUGGCUGCUCAGAGGGGUUUCGCCCCAUGUGUGGAGGUGCUGCUGAAGCAUCAAGCCUCUUACAAACUGAAGGAGCACAAGCAAAAGAGGACCGCUCUCCAUGCUGCAGCUGCUGGAGGCCAAAUGGACUGUCUGCUUUUACUGGUCAACAGGGAACAAAGUAGCGACAUCAUUGACAGUCUGGAUACACAGGGACUGUCGGCUCUCAUGCUGGCGACUUUGGGACGUCACACUGACUGUGUCCACAUCCUGCUGGAGAAAGGAGCGAACGCUGAUGCUGCAGACAUAAAGGGCUUCACUGCACUACAUAGAGCUGCCAUGUUGGACAGUGAGGACUGUGUCUCUGCUCUGUUGGAACAUGGGGCUUCUGCUCUUUGUCGAGACUCUCAGGGAAGGACCCCGCUGCACCUCGCAGCCUCCUGUGGUCACACGGAGCUGCUCCGCAGUUUGCUUAAGGCUGCUUUGAAAGCUGACCCUCUGGACUCCAUGCUAGACCACAGAGGCUACACGCCCACCCACUGGGCUGCCUACCACGGGCGUGAAGGAUGUUUACUCAUUUUACUUGAAAACAAACUUUUUAGCAACCAGGAAAGAAAUCUGUUCACACCAUUGCACUGUGCUCUAGUUAAUGGACAUGGUGUUGCUGCUGAACUUCUAGUGAAGACAGUUGGACCUCAAACUGUUAAUGUUAGUGAUGCCAAAGGAAGGACCCCGCUGCAUGCAGCUGCCUAUUCAGGAAACGUUGCUGGGCUCCAGGUUGUCCUGGCCCAGGCAGGAGAGGUGGACGCUGUGGACCACUGUGGGUGCUCUGCUCUGAUGGUUGCUGCUGACUGUGGACAGACCAUGGCUGUUGAAUUUUUGCUGCACAAAGCGAAGCCAGACCUGACCCUGGUGGAUGUCAAUAAUAACACAGCCCUUCACCUAGCCUGCAGCAAGGGUCAUGAGAUGUGUGCCCUGCUGAUCCUUGGAGAGAUCAGCGACUCCUCCCUCAUCAAUGCAACAAACAGCGCUCUUCAAAUGCCACUUCACAUUGCAGCAAGGAAAGGCCUGGCAACUGUAGUACAGGUGUUACUGAGCAGAGGAGCAGCAGUCAUGGCUGUAGAUGAGGAAGGCCACACACCAGCUCUGGCCUGUGCACCGAACAAAAAUGUGGCCGACUGUCUGGCCCUGAUCCUCUCCACCAUGAAGCCUUUCCCUCCCAGUGAGGCCGGCGGUGGUACAGCCUCCCACUUCAACCCCAUCCUGAAGAACUGUGGGAUUGCUGCCACAUGUGGGUCCAGUGGAAACCUUUGUCACGCCUAAGUUAAAAACCAUUACUGGCCUGCAUGCGUGUGUGAAAGAGUGAAAUGUCAUCUUUGUGAAGCCCAAAGUUUCCAUGUGUAACCACGCACAUACAUGUGUGGUCAGGCAGAGCUUCUUUUCUCACAUAUCAAGACAGUAAUACUUGUGUGUCACAUGCAGCUGCACACACACUAUGUGCUCAUGCACCAGUAGCUUAGAUGACUUCUCUAGAAUGUAGUCUUACACAUGAUUAAUAUUAUUAGCAGAACCUUUAGAUGGUCUUUUCUGUUAUUUGAGUUGAUUUUAGAAGCACUAACCAUUAGAAAUUAAUGGGAGUUUUACAUAAUCAUACUACACAAGCCUACCUGAACCACAGAUACUGUCAGUAUUGGCUCAAUUUCUUAGCUAAUUUUAGGCUCACCAAGGCUGAAAUCUCCAAUUUCAUCCAGAGGGGGGUGUGUGUGUGUGUGUGCGUGCAUGUGUGUCUGCAUGUGUGUGUGUGUGUGUGUGUGUGUGUGUGUGUGUGUGUGUGUGUGUGUGUGUGUGUGUGUGUGUGUGUGUGUGUGUGUGUGUGUGUGUGUGUGUGUGUGUGUGUGUGUGUGUGUGUGUGUGUGUGUGUGUGGGUGGCAAGUGCUCUUUUGCAUAAUUACACAUUGCUUCUUAAUAUACUUUGAUAAUUCAUUAUCAAAAUAUCUAAUCUAACAGGUGCUAUAAACCCUUUAUGCAAUUAUUAAGAAUCUAUUUUCUUAUCCUGUCCAGAGUGUAGCAGACACUACAUUGAUAUAAAGAACCGUAUUAGUCUGAUAUUAUUAUGUUUUACAUUUCAGUUGAGAAAAAAUAACAGUCACAAGCAUCAUAUUGUUUUACUGAUGUAGUUUUUCUGAGUUAAGUUUAUAUAUAUAUGUAGUUUUUAAAAUGAAGUUAAUCUUUUACUUGUAUAAUCUUGAAAAUCCCAAAUAAUUGAGAAUGAACCUCAGGUCAGUGUGUACUGUACAGUAGGUGCAAUAAGAAGCACAUCUGGAGCUGGAUGUUGCAUAACAUGUAUAAAGCGGGACAGAAGUUUUUAAUAAGCCAGAGACUAAAGCAAACAGAAUAUAAUCUUUCAGGCUUUGAUCACGAAAGUUGUGUAUCUUAAGUAAAUCUAACAUUUCACCACAUCUCCUCAGAAUAAAUGUAAUUUUUUAUUGAAUUAUGUUUUGAAUGAAUGAAUUGAAUUAAAGAGCAAAUACAUUCAAAGAGCCCCAGCUAUCAUCUUCAGGCUGUUAUGAUCAGCCCUCGAAACCCAGAGAUAUUUAUUUUUUACUGAUAAAACACCAUGAAAAACAGUUAAUCUCUUGUUUUUGAGGAAUGAGAACUAAUGAAUGCUUUGCUACUUUAAGGAUUUGCCUGCUAUGAAAUCGUUGUUUAUCGACUAAUCAAUAAUUUCAGCUCAAUGUUUCACGUUUUUUAUCUGUACAAUUAAAUGGAUUUUAAGGAACUGUUCAAGUUACAUGCCACUAACUGAAAUCACUGUUUUCAAAAAUGUUUUUUUUGGUGGGUGGAGGAAAUCUCCUGUAGCAACACUUCCUUCAUCAAAACUGACUAGAAGAUCAUUGUCCAGCCAUCAUUUUACAAAUGAAAUGAGAGAAAUUGUCAGAGCUCACAGAAUUCAAUUUUUUUAUUUUUUAUUAAUUAUUGUUUUCACUUGCUGAAUUCUUCUUGGCACAAUACACCUGUGCUGGUACAAAGAUGUCACUGCCUCCGUCUGUAACGAUCAAGGUUUUAUAAAUUGAAAGUGUGCAUUAAGUGUUUACCUUUUUUUACAUUUGCACUCUGACAUAAAAGUUUACAUUGUACAGUCAGGAAUCCUCCUUUGAAAAUAUGCAAAUAUUCUAUCAAAUUUGAAAGUGCAUUUUACAAAUUAAACUUUCAUUUAACAGUAAAGCACUAUCCUGUGAGUGUCUCCUUCUGUCUUUCAUUUGGAGUAAAGUAGUACAAGUAAAUGCUUGUUUUGUAGUUAAAUGUUUUGAAUAUUGUUGUUUGAGGAAUUUCUGUUUCAGCCUUUCAUGUGAACAAAUCAAUCGUCUUCCCGAACAUCUUUGAGAUUUCAGAGUACAACAAACUGAAUACUCUAUGUGGUUUAUGUGGAUGGCAUUCAUAUGAGAGACAAUAAAUAAACUUGCUCCAAUGUGAA